AUGCAGCAACCAGACCCUCAAGCUGUACACCCAAAAUCGACACCCAUGCCCAUCUUUCGAAACCACCUUGUAACUGUCAUUGCCAAUCCGGAUCAAAGUCCGGCAUCCCAGGAAAUGCAUUUGUCGCCCGAAAACACCACGCUGCCAUCUCGUGAUAGUCCACCCUCGCCACGCAGCCCUCAACGCAACUCUCCAAGCAUUUCAUCAUUCUUGCAUCACGUUCACCAGCAUGUGAUUAUCACACCUUUUCUUCACGCUGUCACAAGCCCAUGCAGCACCAACGCGCCGCACGCGCUUUGCAUCGUGCCAGUAAUAUACCCUGGCAAGGCUUUUCAUGCUGGGCUGGCACCAGAACUUCGGCAUCAACAGUUUACCCCAGACUUGGCUCAACGUUCGACCCAGAGCAGCGGCUAUUGGACGCCUUCCUGA